GGCUCGGCCGAUCCUUCUCAUCUUCGAACUCGACCGAGAUAUUGUAAAGACUGAACUGUGUAGAAAAUUUCAUCGUGAUCGGACUCUCCUUUCGAAAGUUAUCGUGUAAACGGCCGGCCGGCCGGCCGGACAUACUGACCGAUUCUAGAGUGUACUCACUUUUUGAGUACACAAAAAAAGAUAUUUUGAGAUUAAAAUAAUAACUUUGUUUUUAUCAAAAAGGACAAAAUGAUUGACUUAAUUUGGCACAAUUUGAAGGAUCAAUUGAUGAAUCAGAUUCUAUUGAUUGUGUAUGUAAUGUAUUUGAACAAGCAUAUAAAACAAUUUGAACAGUAAAUGAUAAAAAAGAACGUUUAGUGCUUAUUGAAUAUUGGCUUGAUUUUGAAAAAUAAAAUAAACAAAAUUACAAAAACUUUAUUUCAUUUUAUUUUACUGUUAUGAAAAAGAUGAGGUGCAGUAGAACAUGUGUCUCAUGUUCAGAAAUAUCUAUCUAAACAUAUUAAACAACGUCGAACGAUUCUCACUGAACAUAGAAUUAGUUUAUGUUUGUCAUUUUUUUUCUAUUUUAAAAUGUUGUUUUUUUUUGUUUAGAUAAAUCCAGUGAUGGCUAAACAAUGGCAAAAACAACGAAAUGAAGUUUCAAGAUCAACAAAUGAGACUAUAAAUGAUAAAAAUGAAAACAACAAACAUUUUAUAUUAAAUAAGAAUAAAUAUAAUCAUAUAUCUGUUUUAGUUGAAUCAUCUGCAUCAAUAUCAACAACAAGAACAGUUAUUGAAAGAAGUUGA